AUGAAUAAUUAUGCUUAUUAGAGUUAAAAACCUCAAAAGUCUUUGCACAAUAACUCAGCAUAUGAGUAAUAAUUAUAAGUUUAGAGCCUAAAACUUACUCAAAAACAAUAAGAAGAAGUAAAACUCAUUCGAUUUUACAUUUAUGAGAACUUUUAAUUUCUCAUUAAUUUAAUAUCAUCAUUAAAAGCAGUAAAUGAACAUUUUAUCAAUGAUCCUCAACAUCCAAUGAAAAUAAUAGCUAGAAAUAAAAUUGUGCUAUAGUUAAAUUUAUCAAAUUGUAUACAAUAUGACUAAUAAUAUUAAUAUUAAUCAGAUUCUAAAUUAAACUAGAUAUUACAAUAAGAAAAAUAAAAUGCAUAAUAAUUAUUAGAGCAACUUUCACCAGAGUUAAAAGAAGAGUUUAAAAAUUAUUUUGAUAUAUACAAAACAAAUAGUUUAAAUUAGAAUAUUCAAAUAUGUUCAUAAAAUUUGGAAUAAACUAAUCUUGAUGCAAAAUUCAAUUAAGAUGUUUUACAAUCAAUUAUCAGUUCAAUAUAGUCUGUUGAUUAAACAACUAAAGAAUUUAGAGAAUAGAAAAUAUACAAUAAGCCUAAUAUUCAAGAUGUAUUUGAAAAAUCAUAGUAAAUAUUUAAAUCAAUUAGAAAUUAUUAUGAAAAGACAAAGUAAUAGCUUAAUAUUAAUUUCCCGAAUCCAAUUAAUGAAAGAUAACAAUCAAAAUUUGAGGAAGAAAAGUAAAAUGCACAAGCACUUGAAUCUAAAACAUCCUAAAAUUUAACAGGUGUAUCAUAUUAAUAUAUUUUCUAGAAAAAGUUACUUUGCAUAGUUCUAAAUAAAUACAUAAAAAAAGCAAACAGAGAAUUAAUCAAAAAUAUCAUAGCAUUAAGAAAAACAUUAAGAAAAAGUGA